UUUCCGGUUUUCGUAUAUUUUGUGCGUGUGUUUUUUCUGGUUGUCUUUGUUGGGUCGGGGUUAUUUUGCUGAGGUGGGAUUGUUCUUGACUUUUGCCACUGCGGGGAUAUAGUGCUCUCUUUCUGCAAAUGAAGGAGACACUGUUGGUGUUGCUGUGAUCGUUCCUGUUUUGAUUCUCUAUGCCUGUCAGAGAGAGGGAGGAGGGGGAGAAGAGGAGGUGCAAUUAGGGCAUCAACUAGGAGCUGUUGUAGUUUCAAGUAAGCAAAUGGGGGACGCCAGAUCUGUGAAUUGAAAGUGGAGUCUGUUCUGGGUUUUGGGUUUUUCCUCUUAAACUUGUGGCUGAGCGAAGGGGGUCUUGAAUCUGGAGUUAUAUGGGUAUGAGAAAGUCUUUGGGAGGAUAAAACAUGCAGGAUGAGAGACAGAUAAACAAAUAACAUAGGCGUUGGUGGUGUCAGGUUUUAUGCUAGUGGGUGUUUCACAUUCACAGUGUGGCUUUGAGAAUUUUUGUAAAAACUCUCUGAGGAUGUGUUGGCUGUGUCUCCUUUGCUGACCCUUUUUGCCCGGGGACCGUGCUCUGUGUAGCUAAUUUAGGGGGCAAGUUCUUUUUUUGGGUCUCUUCCCAUUCAAGUGAAGUUUAAUUUAUUAAUUCCAUUUCACACUCCUCCUCCUGUGGCCUUGGUUAGUGGGAAAGAUUCGGUCAUACUAAGAAAUAUACAUUCACUACUCCAAAAAUUUCUCUUCUUUCAUUCUCACUCUCAUCUUAAAUUGCACCACAAAUUUUAGCUGCCAAAAGUUCAAUUCCUACAUCGGGAUUUUCUGUACUUUUUUCCACGGGAGAGAGAGAUUUGCAGUCAGUAGUGGCCGGAAUUUAUGUGUCACAGGAAGCUCUGAAUUGGUUUUCGGAGGAUAAAUCGGAGAAGUAGAUCUUUCGUUUGGCAAGAUGAAGUUUAUGAAACUUGGAUCCAAGCCGGAUUCUUUUCAGGGUGAUGGGGAAAAUAUAAGGUAUGUUGCAACCGAGCUGGCAACUGAUAUUGUGAUCAGCAUUGGGGAUAUUAAAUUUUAUCUGCACAAGUUUCCUCUUUUGUCGAAGAGUGCGCGGUUGCAGAAGUUGGUCGCAAGUGCAAAUGAUGACAACAGUGAUGAAAUCCAGAUUGGAGAUAUUCCAGGUGGACCUGCCGCUUUCGAAAUAUGUGUCAAGUUUUGUUACGGGAUGACGGUCACUCUCAACGCAUACAAUGUAGUUGCGGCUCGUUGUGCAGCGGAGUACCUCGAGAUGUAUGAGACUAUUGAAAAGGGGAAUCUCAUCUACAAAAUCGAGGUUUUCCUUAACUCGAGCAUUUUACGCAGCUGGAAAGACUCGAUCAUUGUUCUCCAAACCACAAAAUCCCUUCGUCCAUGGUCCGAGGAGCUUAAGGUGGUCAGCCGCUGCCUUGACUCGAUCUCUUCCAAGGCUUCGAUUGACACUUCCAAGGUGGAUUGGUCUUACACUUACAACAGGAAGAAACUCCCUUCGGAAAACGGCAGCGAUCCUCACUGGAACGGGGUAAGGAAACAGCAGGUGGUCCCAAAGGACUGGUGGGUUGAAGAUUUGUGCGAGCUCCAGAUAGACUUGUAUAAGCGAGUGAUAACAACAAUCAUGGCAAAAGAUAUGAUUUCCAGUGAAGUGAUAGGAGAAGCAUUAAGUGCAUAUGCACUAAGACGGUUGCCCGGUUUCGCCAAGGGUGUGAUCCAGACUAAUGACAUGGCGAAGCAUCGAUCUUUGGUGGAGACUAUUCUCUGGCUGCUUCCUGUAGAGGAGGGAAGCGUUUCGUGUAGCUUCUUGCUUAGGUUGCUGAGAGCGGUAAUUUUGUUGGAAUGUGGAGAAAUGGAGAAGAACGAACUGAGAAGGAGAAUCGGCCAGCAGCUCGAUGAAGCUGUGUUCCCUGACCUUCUGUUCCGGGCCCCUGAUGGCGAAGAGAUGCUCUAUGAUGUAGAUACUGUGCAAAGUCUAGUCGAGGAGUUUGUUAUGCAUAAUCGGUGUGCUCAGGCUGAUCCCACUGUUGAUAGUGAAUUCCACGAAUUCAAAACGCCCCAUCAACGAGGAUCUGAUGCCAUGGCGAGGGUGGCAAGGCUGAUAGAUGGCUACCUUGCUGAGAUUGCACGGGACCCGAAUUUGCCAGUGUUGAGAUUUGUCGGUCUUGCCAAUCUGAUCUCGGCUUUCCCGAGAGCAACUCAUGAUGGGCUUUACCGGGCCAUUGACAUGUACCUGAAGGAACACCCGGACAUCAGCAAGAGCGAGAGGAAGAAAGUUUGCAAGAUGAUGGACUGCAGCAAGCUGUCCGCUGACGCCUGCAUGCACGCAGUGCAGAAUGAGCGGCUCCCGCUGCGUGUGGUGGUGCAAGUCCUCUUCUUCGAGCAGAUGCGGACCACUACCACCUCCUCUGGCAACACCACGCCUACCCUGCCGGGGCCCAUCGCCGCGCUGCUCCCCGGUGGGUCCCACGGGAGCUCCAGGUCCGCCACCACCAAUACCAAUACCGAGGAGGACUGGGACGGCGUCCCGACUGCAGAGGAGAUCAAGGCCCUCAAAGGCGAGCUCGCCAGCCUGAGGUUGGGAGAGAAGAACGGGAACCACGACAGCCUCAAGAACAGCAACGCCGAGAAGGCCAAGAUGAAGGGCCUGCUCGUCUCGAAGAUCUUCUCGAAGCUGUGGUCGAGCAAGGAGAGGCAGGGAGAGAUCAGCAGCUCGGACACAUCGGAGAGUCCCGGCUCGGGGAACGCAGGGGACACCAAGUCCACGCCGUCGAGGAGUAGGAGGCAUUCGGUGUCGUAGGUUCAUGUGUAGAGAGGGAAGAGAGUAGUUUUUUGUCCAAGUACAAAAGAAUGAGAGAGAGAAAGGAGGAGGAAGAAUGGGUCUGUCCAUUUUUAACAUUUAGGGAGAUUAGAGAUCACUUGAUACAAGUUCCUCUGUGGAGGUGUCAUUGUGAUUCUUUGGGCUAAAAGAGGCCGGUGAGGUUUCUUUUGGUGGGGGGGGGUGGUGCUUAGGGACUGUUAACGGGGAAGAAGAUGUUCAUUUCUUUUCAAUGGGGAUGGUGGUUCUCUUCUCGAAUGCUUCAUUGCCCUCAAAUGUUAUAGAUAUGGCCUCGGUUCAAAUCCCAUUUUCACUCAA